AUGUCCACCCCUAUCAAGGAUGUCCUGCAACAAGCCGCGAGCCCAUCUGACACUAAGCGUGAGCUGGCCGACAACCCCAGUGGACAAACUCUCCAGCGAAUCUCGGCUUGCGGCAACGGGCAGACCGUGGGUGAUGAAGGACCUGCUACGCCACCCCCGAAAGUAGGCAGUGUAUCCGUGAAGAGUGACGCCACCGAAGAAGGUGAAGUCAGAGACGUCCCAGUCUCGCAGGUCUCACGGGAUCGGUCACUUAUGGGCGACAACGUGAGCUAUGGAAGCUCUCCAAGCAAGGCGAGAGGUGGUGCAAGCAAGACGUUGGCGUCGAGCCCGAGUGGCUGCAAUUCCAGAGCUCUGCCUUCAACGCCAGUCCGUCAGCUGGCAACUGGUCCCAGACUGGCAGACAUUCCACAGGUCGACGUGAACGAUCCGAGUUUGGAUUAUCAGGGCCAGCUCACACUCGGUGCCCUCGACGUGGACAGCUUGCCUGACAAGGCUGUCCUGUUUAUUUUCAACAUCUUCUGCCUGGCCGGUCGUCUGUCGGCACGGCUCACGCUCAAGUACACGUCCUCAGAUUGUCGGCAGAUCUGGGCACGCUUGCAGCUCUGGGGCCACACAGUCUACUCUGGCCAUCGUGAGUCUGCAUAUGAGGCAGCAGUGGAAGCCUAUCGACUGGCUCUGAAGGCACUUGCGGGGGAGAACCCCAAUUGGCUCGUUCCCCCUAAGCCUUCGCAUUUCCCACCAGAAACCUCGCAGAAGCUCGGCGAAUCUCGCUGGAAGUGGAAGAAGCUUCUUCAAGAGUUCGUUGACCAGGCAGGCAUGGACAAAUUUGUGUACGCCUGUGGAAAGAAGAAGCUCUUCGUCUUUGGCCGCUCCUACCGGUCUGUCUUCUUGUCUGGGGCAACUGAGCCCGAAGUCGAGAGAGUGGCUCGAGGCACCGAGAGGGCAGCAUAUGACGUUGAGAGAGCGGCCCAUGAAGCCCUCUUCGAGCGCUUGGUCAGUGACAGAAUUGACACGAGUGCCAUCCUGCCUGCAGACUCUCGGCUGGCGUUUUGCGAGCCUAGUCGUGCUCCUGCCUCUCGACUGCUGAAGCUGCCCGAGCCUGCUCGUCCUGUGGCCUCCACUGCCCACGAGACCAAGUCCGAUGUUGCAGUCUCCACGGGCCCAGAUAACCCUCCUUUGCGUGCUGCAGGCUGGAGCAAGCUCCAUGUCCAGGAGCUUGCAAAGAUGAACCCUACAGGCAGGCUCCGGCGAAAAGCCAAAAGUUCCGGUAAAGGUAGUGGCAAAGGUGGUGACAAAGACGGUGGGAAAGCCAAGAAGCUCAUUGACUCGUGGCGGCCUUCCCAGUCCGCCGACGUAGCGCCGGCCGAGCGUCGUGGCGAGCUGUUCAUGGUGCAUGACAAUGUGCCAUCGAAGCCCUGGGUCGAUCGCCACCUGCCAAGCGUCGUCGGGCCGAGAGCCCCCGGGAAGCUGGAAUCUCCAGUGGAGGUUCUCGAGCGGGUCCAGGAACAGGUUAGGGCUCUGGGCCCAAGGCGUGGGGUACCCCAUAGAAAGGUCAUGGAUGUCCUAUGCCGCGAGUUCGUCAUCAACUGCCCCCGCUUCGAAGUGACGAGCGAGUCCACAGGGACCAAGGUGCGCGCCUACUUUCUCCAGCACGCACCCCUGUUUGGCUCAGAGGACCCCAUCACCCUGUGCACGCUUCCGGUCGGUGUGAAUGGUGAGAUGGCCCAGUCAAUCGGAGUGAAGAGAGUCAUUCUUCUUCUCCUCGACACCUUUAAGGAAAAGGUGCCACCGUAUGAGCUACGGGCUUGGCAGGGUCGCCUGCAGUUCCUGCUAGAUUUGGAGGCUGAAGUUGGCCGAAACCUCCAAAAGCAGACUGAAAAGGCUAGAAGAUGA